CUCAUUCUCCGAUCUUCAUCUAUUUUCUUUUUCCAUCUCGCAUCUGUCCCACUCUUCUCCCUCUCAUAUUUUUUUCCUUUUCUUUGUCCUUGCCUGCCGUCGUUAGGGUUUUACAAGGGUUUAAAGCCAUUAGUAAUACAAAACCCUUGUUUCUCGCCAGAUUAAUAUUGAUUUAUCGCCAGAUUAAUCAUUGAUUUAUCGCCCUUGAUAAUAAUUAGAGCCUGUGAAUUCCUGAUUAGGGUUUAUCGACGCGACGACGACUUCGGGAUCUCCCAUUUAUUAUUAUUGUUGUAUGAGAUCCAUCUCUGGUCCGCCUGGUCCUCCAAUGACGAAUUGGAUUCAAAACCCUAGGAACCACCGGUAAGGCGUAGAUGGCAUAAGGGCUUCAUCUUUUUUGUCUUCCUUGUCCGUUCUUUGUUGGAUUUGCAUUUGAAAUGCAAUAUCGGUCUAGGGUUUUCUUGAAUCUCGGUGGUUUAUCGGGUGAGAGAAGUAUUUCUGUCGGAAAUCCUAGUUGGAAACGAGGACUUGUGGGACGAGGAAUGCUUUUCGGGGUGAAAUACUGAGAAAGAAAUGGUGCUUCUUGGAACUCUAUCUCCGGUGAAAUGAUAUGAGGUUUUGAAUAUGAGCGAUGGAGGUGGGGAGAGUGGAAGAGACAACGAACAGGACGCGAGGAGGAAAUCGGGAGGAAGAGGAGGAGAUGAUUUCGGCCGAGCUAUUGCCAAGAUUGCUGUCGCUCAGAUAUGUGAGAACGUCGGGUUUCAGAGCUUCCAGCAGUCCGCGCUUGAGUCUCUCUCAGACGUCGCGAUACGAUACCUCCGAGAUUUGGGAAAGACCGCGCAUUUCUAUGCUAACUUAGCUGGUAGAACUCAUUGUAACGUUUUCGAUGUUAUUCAAGGGUUGGAAGAUUUAGGAUCUUCGCAGGGAUUCUCUGGUGCGUCAGAUGUUAACCGUUGCCUUGCAAGUUCUGGUACAGUUCGAGAGAUAUCGCAAUACGUGAGCUUGGAACAGGAGAUUCCGUUUGCUCGUCCUGUUCCCCGUUUCCCUGUCACCAGGAACAGGAAGCCAACACCAAGUUUUCUGCAAAUUGGAGAAACCCCACCUGGAAAUCAUAUCCCCCCUUGGUUGCCUGCAUUCCCCGAUCCUCAUACCUAUAUUCAGACCCCCGUAUGGAAUGAAAGGGCAACAGAUCCUCGCACUGACAAAGUUGAACAGGCAAGGCAGCGGAGGAAGGCAGAACGGUCUUUGUUGAAUUUGCAGCAGCGGUUGGCUUGCAAUGGUUCAGUAGCACCUGCUCAGGUGGACCCUGCAGAUGCUGGGAAACUGAAACGAGCGGCAGAAAGUAAUCCAUUUCUUGCUUCACCCCUGCAACAAGGCGAGAAAGAUGUGUCUCCUGUUGUUUGUCCAGCAAAGCUAGCAAAAAAUAUGGCCGUGGAAAAUCAGGUUUCAGUGUUGGAGGCUUUUGCUCCAGCUAUUGAAGCAGUGAAGAGUGGAGUUUGUGAGUCUGUAGAUGCUGGGAAAAAGGUCCUUCCCAACAAGAGGCCUACUGUACACUUCAAAUUUGGGAUUGGCAAGAAGGCUUUAGGUGCACCCGUGGAUUUGAGUCUUCACAGCAAGAGUGCUGGGAAAACAGCUUCUUGGUUCGGGAAGGAUGAAGAGAAGGAUGACAAGAAAAGGAGAGCCGAGAAAAUUCUAAAAGAAUCUAUGGAAAACCAACAGGAGUUUGCUCAGUAACUUUGUUUGUUGACUGGCUUGCUUGAUGGGAAUUUGUACACUUAUUAAAGAAAUUGGCAGCACUGGCGGCAGUGGUGGGUUGUCAAGGUCAGAGGUCAUCUUGUUGUUGUCAUGUUGUGGUAUUGUUAUUUGUGGGAUUGCUGAUGGGGAAUUCCUCAUGGUCUCACCUCAACAAGUUUUUGAGGUAUGUGAAUGUAUGUUCCCAUCUUAAGUGGCCCUUGUCUACAGCCAUUCUUUCUUUUUUCAAAUGAAAGUAUCCCUUCCACUUCCAUGAUCCAACAUUGAAUGGAUGCAUGGAGUUCUCGAUA